CAUUGCUGUCUUCACCCCGCCCCCGAGCCUCGGCAGUUUCAAUCAAUUGAAGGUUAUGUGGAUAGCUGCCUGUACGCCACUUGGUUAUUGUAAUUUAACUCGUGUGUUCAUAAAGAACUUAACGAUUUUAUUGCAGCUUCUCAAAGCAUAGAGAUGCAGGGUACCGGCCGUCACGAGAGUAACGCAGCUCGACCCCUCUUUGGGGGCGCACUGUCGGCAGUCAUCCCGCACAACGCUAGUGACAUCAGUGAGCUGAGAGAGAUCCCAGACAACCAGGAAGUCUUUGCUCACAGACAUACAGACCAGAGCCUCAUUGUGGAUCUGCUGGAGUAUCAGAGUCAUGUGGAAGACAGCGAAGCUGCCAGGUAUCACUUUGAAGACCUGGCUGGCAGUUAUGAGGCAUCAAGUGCAGGGGCCUCAGUGGUGGGGAGUGUGGAUCCCCUUCCGAAGCCUCAGCUUUCACUGCAGGAGUGCAGCUCUGCCUGGUUACUAACUGGUACACAGCACAUCUCCAAAUUCAAUGAGGAGGCUAAGAACACAGUAAAUAUCCACCUGGGCCUGUUCCGUCUUCCACAGUUCUCUACCGACAUCUUAGUGACCUUCAAUGAUCCUGUUCAAAUCAACCCACAGAGCAGCAGUGCAGGGGUUGAUGGAGUGAUCACAGCCCCCUGGACAGUGCAGGACUUCCACCAGCUGCUGCAGACUCUCAGACUCCUGGACCCUGGAGUGUUUGGAUAGGAGACUGCCAACCAUGGACACAUUGUAGAUUCUGCAGAUCCUUUGGAAACAUUUAACCUACGAGCUGAGAUUGUAGUCCGGGUUAUCUGUGUGAUACUCCAUUGGGCAUUGCUUCCUACAUAAACAUAAUAUUGGUUUCAGUUGGUUUCAGUUUACAUGAACAGCGCAUGAAUUGCUUACCAAGGUUGUAAGUGUGUAAGCUUCUGAGGAGCCUUCUCUAAGCUGAAUGAACCGAAAGUAGGUGAUGAGAUUGUAAAGUUCUGGAAGCUCUUUGUGGAUUAACGUCAUAUUCAAUUAGCAGUGUUUGAUUUUGAUACUUUAAACAAUGCACUGCACGGCACCAGAGGUACACAGGUAUAAAAACUCAGAUAAAGUUAGUGUUUGUUCCUUGUGACUGCUUGGUGACUGGCAUACUUAGCUAAAAAACAUUCUCACGCAGCACAUCUCACAUCUUUGUACGUUAAGUUUUAUUGGUAAUAGACUACGCUGCUGAAAAUGAUGUGGGGGCAUGUGUGCAACUACAGUAAUUUGUAUUCAGAUAAGUCAAUAAAUAAUACGUUUGUAUGUAGAACAAGUAAUAUAAAUGCCAACGCAUACCCAGCAGGAAACUAACUUCUUGGGUAAUACAGGCAAUACAUCUUUAAAUACUACAUUGAAAUUUUACUGGCACCUUUGUUGUGGUAUCCUUUUUCAGUGUGUCUGUAGAUCUUUUGCAGACCAGAAGUAUUUAUCGGCACAAAGUUGGCUGAGUGUUAAUACCUCUGUGGAAUGUUACUGAUGGAGCUAGUGUCAGAAUCUCACUGUCAGGCUUCAGACAGA